GUCCCGCCCCUCGCCGCCUGGGACCGGCUGGCGCCCGUUAAGAUCCGCUCCGCGUCGCCGGCCAUGGAGGCGCCGGGGGAAGCCGAAGUCGAGCCUGAGGAUGGCGACAGCAGCUGCGGGGACGUGUGCUGCAUGGACAAGGGCCUGCGGAGCAUAUCAGAGUUGUCUUUAGAUUCAACCCUUCAUGCCAUCAAUCUUCAUUGCAAUAACAUCUCGAAGAUCGAAGCCAUUGAUCAUGUUUGGAAUUUACGACAUUUAGAUCUGUCAUCUAAUCAAAUAAGUCAAAUUGAAGGGCUCAGCACACUGACAAAACUAUGCACUUUAAAUUUGUCCUGCAAUUUGAUCACAAAAAUAGAAGGACUCGAAGCACUAAUUAAUCUGACUAGACUGAAUUUAUCUUAUAACCACAUAAAUGAUCUUAGUGGUUUGAUGCCCCUUCAUGGAAUUAAACAUAAACUUAGGUACGUUGACCUACAUAGUAAUUGUAUAGAUAGUAUCCAUCACCUGCUUCAGUGCAUGGUAGGAUUGCACUUCUUGACUAAUCUUAUUUUGGAGAAGAAUGGAAAGGAUAAUCCUGUCUGUCGAGUACCAGGGUACAGAGCAAUUAUGCUCCAGACUUUGCCACAGCUUAGAAUCCUGGACUGCAAGAACAUAUUUGGUGAACCGGUAAAUUUGUCAGAAAUGAAUUCAUCGCGCCUGCAGUGCUUUGAAGGUCUUUUGGAUAAUUUAGUUUCUUCUGAUUCUCCCCUAAAUAUAAGUGAAGAUGAGAUCCUUGAUAGUAUGCCAGUGGUAACACCAGCCAUCGAUGAGGUAGCUCCCUCGGAUCAGUUGGCAAGCACACCAGCAGAUACUGGUUUGACGUCCUUUAUAUCUGUGUGUCCAUCUUCGGAUCCAGAGAAAGUUAAUCAUGAGAACGAUUUUCAGAAUGAGAUAAAACUUCAGAAAUUAGAUGAUCAAAUUUUACAGCUUCUCAAUGAAACAUCUAAUUCUUUAAUAGAUAAUGUUCCCGAGAAAGAUCUCCGACCAAAAAGAGACACGGAUAUAACUUCUGACAGUGACUGUGGAAAGAGAAAAGAAUGUAAUAGAAAAAUUCCUCGAAGGUCAAAAAUCCCAUAUUAUUCCAAAACUAUUCAGACUAUUAAGCAUCACGGUAAAAAUAACAACCCUUUUAUAAGUUGUAAUCGUAAAAUGAAACAACCUUUCUUUAAAGAGUUAUAUGUAAGAUCAUCUUUAGUGAACUCUGAUGUUUUAGAAGAAUCAGAAGAACAGAAGACUGAAAUAAUUAAAGUAGACAACAGUAGCUCAGAAGACACCACUUACCGGACACUCGUUGAACAACUAGACCAAGAGAGAGAGAAGAGAUGGAAAGCUGAACAAGCUGAAAAGAAACUUAUGGAUUAUAUCGAUGAACUGCAUAAACAUGCAAAUGAGAAAAAGGAGAUUCAUAGCCUGGCUCUGCUUACCACGGAUAGGCUAAAGGAAAUUAUUUUUAAAGAGAGAAAUUCCAAAGCACAACUUGAAGUUAUGGUUCACAGACUUCAAAGUGAAAUAAAGAAACUAACUAUUGAAUUAAUUAAAGCAAGAAAUCAACAAGAGGAUCACAUUAGACACUUAAGAACCCUGGAAAACGCAUUAGAAAAAAUGGAGAGGCAAAAACGGCAGCAGCAGGCGGCACAGAUGCGACUUAUCCAAGAGGUGGAGCUCAAAGCUGCAGCUGCUGAUACAGAAAUAAACUUACUUAGAACUUCCCUUCAUCAAGAAAAGGAACAAGUGCAACAGCUUCAUGAACUUCUUGCAUUGAAAGAACAAGAACACAGGAAAGAACUUGAAACAAGAGAGUUUUUUAGUGAAGCUGACUUCCAGGAAGCCUUAGCUAAAGAAAUAGCUAAAGAAGAGAGAAAGCAUGAGCAAGAAAUAAAAGAAUACCAAGAAAAAGUUGAUGUAUUAAACCAACAAUAUAUGGAUUUAGAAAAUGAAUUCCGUAUUGCUUUAACUGUUGAAGCCAGAAGAUUUAAAGAUGUUAAAGAUGGUUUUGAAAAUGUUGCAACUGAGUUAGCAAAGAGCAAACAUGCUCUUGUUUGGGCUCAACGAAAGGAAAAUGAGUCUUCCUCUUUAAUUAAAGAUCUGACCUGUAUGGUGAAGGAACAAAAAGCAAAACUUGCAGAAGUUUCCAAAUUGAAACAAGAAACAGCAGCAAAUUUACAGAAUCAAAUCAACACCCUUGAAAUUUUGAUUGAAGAUGACAAGCAGAAGAGUAUUCAAAUAGAGCUUCUCAAGCAUGAAAAAGUCCAGCUUAUUUCCGAGCUAGCAGCCAAGGAAUCACUAAUUUAUGGUUUAAGGACAGAAAGAAAAGUAUGGGGACAUGAGCUGGCACAACAGGGAUCUUCUCUAGCCAAAAAUCGUGGGAAACUAGAGGCUCAAAUUGAAAGUUUACGUAGAGAGAAUGAAUCUCUGCGAAAGGCAAAUGAACGUGAUAAUGAUGCGUUAAGAAUUAAGUGCAAAAUCAUAGAAGACCAAACUGAAACCAUUGGAAAAUUAAAACUUUGUUUACAGGAAAGAGAGGAGCAAAUCAAAAUAUUACAGGAAAAGAUCACUGAAAUACAAAAAUGUACUCAAGAACAACUUGACGAAAAAUCUUCGCAACUGGAUGACGUAAUUGAGAAACUAGAAAAACACAGUGAAAGAAGAGAAAAAUUAAAACAGCAGUUGAAAGUAAAGGAAUUAGAACUUGAAGAAAUUAGAAAAGCUUACAGCACACUUAAUCAGAAGUGGCAUGAUAAAGGAGAGCUUCUCAGUCAUCUUGAAAUGCAAGUGAAAGAAGUGAAAGAAAAAUUUGAAAACAAAGAGAAGAAACUUAGAGCGGAAAGAGACAAAAGUAUUGAGCUACAAAAGGAUGCAAUGGAAAAGCUCCACAGUAUGGAUGAUGCCUUUAAGAAACAAGUGGAAGCGAUUGUGGAAGCUCAUCAGGCUGAAAUAGUACAGCUGGCAAGGGAGAAGCAGAAGCACAUUGAUUCUGCACACUUCAAGGUUCAUCAAGUUGAGGAGGAAAUGCGUGGACUUCUGGAAGAAACAUACAAGAACAAAAAAGCAAUGGAAGAAAAGAUUAAGCAACUUGCUUUUGCUCUGAAUGCAAUUCAGCAAGAAAUGUAAUGGUUCUGAGAACAAAUUUAAUUGAAAUGGACCAGCAGACUUAUUGUAAAAAUGAUUAAAUAUUGUAACAGUAGUUAACUGCUAUGACUUUGAAAUGUCUUUUUCUACACAUUUCAUAUGAUUAUAUUUUAAAAGACUUGUGAUCAAGUAUUUAUUAAUUGUAUAUGUAGGUUUUUAUAAUAAAUUGUUCAUAAUUAUGUGUAGUAGAAAAACCUGUCAAAAUAGCUCAACUUAAUACACUUUUUCUUGUUUCUGUGCUAUACGUUGUUUGGUAAUUACACAUUUGCCUCCAGCUAUGUAAAUGAAAAUUAAGAUUAGUAUUUUGACUAUAUGAGGGAAAGUAUUUUAAUCAUUGUUGUUACCUUAUUGUGUUGAUGAAGAAAUAAUUAUAUUUGUUGGUUGUCCUUUA